AUGGCGACCGAGGAAGAUAUCGCGUGGUUCCAAUCAACCUUUCGUCCGAUUCCAAAGCCCGAGCUUCCGGAUGAUUCAGUUGAAUAUUUCAUUUAUCACCUACCCUCCCCCGCCCCCGCCGUUAUCGACAAAGCCGCGGAGGCUCGAGCCCGAUUGCUGGAAGUGCAACGCACCGCGGCUGAAUUGACGAAGGAGCUUCUGAAAGACUACAUCUGGCAGCGCGAAAGCUUUCGUUUAGAGAUCAACAAAGAAAACGGCAUUUCCUCCCUCCACGGACGUACAAACUUCGGCGACUCUAUUGAGGAUGAAUGGGUGAUUGUUUAUCUUCUUCGUGAGUUAACAAACCGGCAUAAGGAUAUUUGGGUCCGGGUUGUGGAUAGUGAUGGCGAGUUCUUGCUUGUCGAGGCCGCUGGCACUCUUCCUGCGUGGCUGGAGCCCGAGGUUGCAGAUAAUAGGGUCUGGAUUCAUCAAGGACAGCUCCGGAUUAUCAAACCAAAGCAAGACAAGGGUCGAAAAGUCACCGAAAGACUUACCCUCGCCGACGCACACAAGAUUAUUCAGAAUGAACCCGAUCGCUUCAUAAAGUCUACAAUAAUUCAAGAGGAGGCGUUUUACCGGCUGCGCAAUUACCCCAAGCAGAUUACCGAAAACCUUCACUCCGCUAUCCUCACAAUCCCACGAAAGGUCGCCUUCCUCCUACAUCAAAAGCCAGCAUACAUAUCUCCUGCGGUGGAGGCCUUUUAUAUCCGAGACCCGAUCGCCCUCCGGCCGCUUCGAACAAAGGAUGCUUCUGAUCUUACCUUCAGUCCCGAUGACUUGGUCACCGUGAGCGUUAGGUUCACACGAGUUGGAUAUGCUCAGUUAAAGAGCCAAGAAUUUCCCGUUCCAAGCAGCUGGGCGCCCAAAUUGCCUCCGAUGGACGAUCAAAAGCCAUACGCUCGCACUGAAGCGGGAAUGAAGCUUGCCUGUGGCUUCGAGAUGCUGCUUCACGAUCCUCACCACCAAGACAAAGCCUCUGUCCGCGAAAUGAAGCUUCUUCUUGAGGAUAUUGAAACUGGAGAUGAACUUCUCCCUACAGAUGAAGAGAUUGAAAACACAUGGGAUAAGCGAGAAGAUGAUGAGGCUUGGAUGGACAUCAACUUUGAGGAUUUGGACAGAGAGCUCAAAGGAAAGGGGAAAUCCAACGAGAAGACUGGAGGUGAUUUUGGCGACGCAAGCGCGCAAGAAAAUCUGCAGCGGAUCGUGGCUCGUUUUGAAGAAUUCUUGAACGACAACUCCGCAGGCUUUGAGGGAGCAGACUUUAUUGAUGAUUUCGAUUCUGACUCGGAUGUCGACGAAGAAGAUGAGGACGAUGAGCUCAGCAGCGAUGGGGAAGACAAGGAUGCCUCCUUUGACGAAGAGGAGUUCGCUCGGAUGAUGAAAGAAAUGAUGGGCAUGCCGUCCGGGUCUGGCCAAGGUCCAGAUAUCUCUACACCUCUACGUAACCGGAUCAAAGAGCUGGACGAUGCUGAAGAAGCAGAACAAGACGAUACUGAACAGAUUCAAGAGUUAUCUCGGCAGAUGGAAGCUGAACUCAAAGGAACGGGCGUGCUUGAUCUGAACAAGCACCAACACAAACUGGCCACUGGGGCGAGCUCUUCUAAGGGCAAGACUCCGAUUUCAUCAAAAGCCGAUUUUGAUGUGGAUGACGAGGAUGACGACGUUAAUAUUAACCUCGCGAAGAACUUACUCGAAGCCCUCCAGGGCCAGGCCGGUACUGCUGGCCCGGCUGGGAAUAUGUUGUCCAUGUUGAACCUCCGCAUGCCUAAAGAUGAUCGUCGUUGA